GAGAUGAGGUCUGGGAAUGAGGAGAAUUUGGUUGAUUUCUUUAAAGAAGUCAGGUGGUCAAAGAAAAAUGACAAAUUUGUGACUCCCAUGACGGAAGAGAAAUAUAAUGAGAUGGCAGCAAAAAUGGCAAAGCUGGAGCCUGAGAAGCGAACUAAGGAGGCUGCUGCAACAAUAUUUAAGGAAGUUUUGGGCCACAGGCCAGGGUAUGUACGGGGUCUUGGCGAGAUGGUUAUUCCCGAGUCAUCUAGACAAUCAACUAAUGCUCGAAUAGUAGAAUUAACUGAACGUGCAGAAAGAAGUGAGAAAGAAACUGCACAUUAUAAGACUUUACAUGAUGACUUACGAGCGAAUGUCAUGUUAUUAAUGGAGAAACAAGACAAGUACGACAAGUUUUUGGAGAGAUAUGAGUUAGAGAGGCAGACCCAGGGAGAGUCUCAUAAAGAGACUCAGGGACCUGCAUAGCCAGUUACUAAA